AUGAAAAAGGAGGAAGAGGAGGCUGUUAUGGUGAAAGAAGCUUUUGGAGAGGAAGAGGAGACUGAAGAUCUGAUUAACACCCGAGAGAGACCAGAAUCUCACUCUGACAGCAGGAAGAGGUCUUCAGGGGAACCAGACCCAGAGACGCCCAAACCAGCAAGACCACACCACUGCUCCCACUGUGAAAGGAGUUUUAGGUGGUUAGGGGACCUAAAACAGCAUGAGAAGAUGCACACAGGAGAAAAGCCUUUCCAAUGUUCCCAGUGUGGAAAGAGUUUUACCUGGUUAAGGGCCCUGAAUAGGCAUGAGGAAAUACAUACAGCAGGGAGGAAGACCUACCACUGCUCCCAGUGUGGAAAGAGAUUUACUCAGUUAGGGAGCCUGAAAAUACAUAAGAGAAUCCAUACAGGAGAGAAGCCUUACCACUGCUCCCUGUGCGGAAAGAGUUUUACCAUGUUAGGCAAUCUAAAAGAGCAUGAGAGGACACACACAAGAGAAAAGCCUUUCCAAUGUUCCCAGUGUGGAAAGAGUUUUACCCGGAUAGGGAGCCUGAAAAGGCAUAAAGGAAUACACUCAGGAGAAAAGCCUUACCUCUGCUCCCAUUGUGGAAAGCGAUUUUCACAAUCACAAGACCAGAAAUCACAUGAGAGGACGCACACAGGGGAAAAGCCUUACCACUGCUUUGAGUGCGGAAAGAGAUUUACCAAGUUAGGACAUCUGAAAAAACACGAGAGAAUGCACACAGGGGAGAAGCCCUAUUACUGUUCCCAGUGUGGAAAGUAUUUUUCUAAUUUAGACACCCUGGAAAUACAUAAGAGAAUACAUACAGGAGAGAAGCCUCACCACUGCUCCCUGUGCGGAAAGAGUUUGACCACGUUAGGCAACCUAAAAGAACACAAGAGGACACACACAAGAGAAAAGCCUUUCCAAUGUUCCUUCUGUGGAAAGAGUUUUACCCGUUUAGGAAGCCUGAAAAGGCAUAAAGGAAUACACUCAGGAGAAAGGCCCUACCAAUGCUCCAAGUGUGGAAAGAGAUUUUCACGAUUACAGGACCUUACAUCACAUGAGACGACACACCUGACCACUGCUCCCAAUGUCUAAGUACUUUUACCUUGUUAGGGAGCCCGAAAACACAUGAGAGGAGGACACACACAGGAGAAAAGACCUACCACUGUUCUCAGUGUGGAAUAAGAUUUACCUGGUUAUGGAACCUGAAAGACCAUGAAAGAAUACAUACAAAUACACAGGAGGAGAAGCUCUCAUUGUGGAAAGACAUUUUCCCAGUCAGAGGACCUGAAAUUGAGUAGAGAGGCUGUUGUUCUGACUUAUGUUUUUGACAGAAAUUGUGUUUUAAUUUGUUGUUUAUAUGAGAGAAUGUUUUUUUAGAAAUGUGCCUACUUUUACAUUCAUAAAAUGUGUAUUAUUAUUGUUUUGAUUAUGAACUUUGACUGGAUAAAAGAAAGUAAGUAACCUUGGACUCGGCUGUGAGCCUUUCUAUAGCAUAAGCGAGCUUGAUGUACACGUCCCCCUGUACAGGACGCUUACCCCCACCAAUCUACCUCCUUAAUGCUGAGUGCUGUGGUGGGAAACAAUCACUAUACUUUAUUACAAAUCAAAAUACUUCCAGAGUUUUUUUUGUAGAGUUAAGAAUGACUUUCUUACAAUUUCAAUAAAGCCGAUGCCGGUCUGCAGAGUAGCACCUCCUCACCUCCUCUCUCCCUCCAUCUUAUAUAGUGCCCCCUCCACACACACUCUAGCUUUAAAAUCCCUCCCUCCCUCUUCAGUUUCCCGCUCUUUUUAUUGCUCCGCCCACUCCCUUUGUCUAUGGUGGACGGCUACAUUCAAAAACUUUCACUCAGUUCAGAAUCAAUAGUAAUACACUCAAUCAAAUCCCUUAUCUUGCAAAAAAACACUCAUGUUUUAGUUUAAACUCUGUUCGACCGCUGGCGCCGCUCUUUAUCACUUUGUGUGAGGAGAGAGACAAAAGGCCACCGCAUGUGUGUAUGUAUGUA